AAUGAGUCUCUCUAGGGAGAGAGAGGAGGGGACCACUGACUCUAAAAUUAGUCUCUUUGGGGAGAGAGAGGACCGGACCACUGACUCUAAAAUGACUCAAGACACCAGUUCUAAGUGUGUCCAGAAGCCCAGAGCAGAGUCCCCUACAACCAGCCUGCUAUCAAUGAAGAGUGAUCAGCCACCUGCUUUCAGCCAGGAACCAUUACCAGAUGACAAUAAGGAAGUGGAGAGUUUGGACAGUGAGGAUGUAUUAAAGAUCACACACAACCUUCUGGACAGAAGAAGUCAAACUCUGCUGACAGUCCAACAAGACAUUAAGGCUAAACUGAAACACAAGUAUCAACACAUAUCUGAAGGAAUUGGACACCAUGGAAACCAAAGUCUGUUCAAAGACAUCUACACAGAGCUCUACAUCACAGAGGGUGGAAGUGGAGGGCUCAAUAAUGAACAUGAGGUUAGACAGAUAGAGAUGGCAUCCAAGAAACAAACCACACAAGAGACACCAAUCAAAUGCAACGACAUCUUCAAGCCUUUACCUGGACAAGACAAACCAAUCAGAACUGUGCUGACAAAAGGAAUCGCUGGCAUUGGAAAAACAGUCUCUGUGCAGAAGGUCAUCCUUGACUGGGCAGAGGGAAAGGCAAAUCAGGACGUUCAUUUCAUGUUUCCUCUUCCUUUCCGUGAUCUGAACCUGAAAAAGGACCAAUACAGUCUGAUGCAACUUCUUUCCCACUACUUCCCAGAGCUGAAAGAGAUUGACAGCAUUGAAGAUGGUGAAACCAAAACUGUUUUCAUUUUUGAUGGUCUGGACGAGUGUCGACUUCCUCUAGACUUCAAAAACAAUGAGAAGUGCUGUGAUGUCACGAAGCCAACCUCAGUGGACGUGCUGCUGACAAACCUCAUCGAGAGGAAUCUGCUUCCCUGUGCUCUCCUCUGGAUAACCUCACGGCCGGCAGCAGCCAAUCAGAUCCCUACUGAGUGUGUUGACCAGGUGACAGAGGUGCGAGGGUUCAAUGAUCCACAGAAGGAGGAGUAUUUCAGGAAGAAAAUCACAGAUCAGAAUCUGGCCAAUGAAAUCAUCAAGCACAUGAAGACAUCAAGGAGCCUCUACAUCAUGUGCCACAUGCCAGUCUUCUGUUGGAUAUCAGCCACUGUCCUUGAGAUGAUACUGAACGAGGCAGAGAAGGAUGAAGUCCCCAAAACUCUGACCCAGAUGUACUCACACUUCAUUCUCAUCCAAAUCAUUGUGAAGAACAGGAAGUACAACAAAGCCACAGAGACAAACCCAAAGGAACUGUCUCAGUCAGACAAAGAGAUGAUCCUGAAACUGGCAAAACUGUCUUUCCAACAGCUGCAGAAUGGCAACCUGAUCUUCUAUGAGGAGGACCUGAGAGAUUGUGGCCUUGAUGUCACAGAGGCAUCAGAGUACUCAGCAUUGUGUACAGAGAUCUUUAAAGAAGAAUCUUUGCUGUACCAAGACAAGGUCUACAGCUUUGUGCAUCUGAGCAUUCAGGAGUUUCUAGCAGCAGUGCAUGCUUUAGAAUCAUGUCUAGACAAGAAGGAAAAUGUUUUCUCCCCCACUAGUGAUGAUGAAGAGAAGGAGUCAACCCAGUUGUCUGACUUACACAGGAGAGCAGUGGACCAGGCCUUGAAGAGUGAGAAUGGACACCUGGACCUGUUCCUCCGCUUCCUUCUGGGUCUCUCACUGGAGUCCAAUCAGAACCUGUUACGAGGCCUUCUGACACAGACAGGAGGUACAACACAGACCAAUGAGGAAACAGUUGAGAGAACAGUCAGGUACCUUUCAUACAACAUCAAGGAGGAAUCCUCACCAGAAAGGAUCAUCAACUUGUUCCACUGUCUGAAUGAACUUGGUUCCAACUCUCUAGUUGAAGACAUGCAGACCUCCCUGCGAUCAGGAACUCUUUCAGAAACAAGACUAGAACCUGACCAAUGUUCAGCCCUGGCCUACCUGUUACUGAUGUCAGAGGAGGUGCUGGAGGAGUUUGACCUGAAGACAUACAACACAUUAGAGGAAGGUUAUCAGAGGUUGCUGCCGGUAGUGAAAACCUGCAAGAGAGCACUACUGGUUGACUGUGAACUCACAUAUAAAUCCUGUGAGACUCUGGCCUCAGCUCUGCAGACACCAAACUCCCCCCUGAGAGAACUGGACCUCAGCUACAAUGACCUGGAAGACAGAGGAGUGAAGCUGCUCUGUGUUGGACUAACCAGUUCACUCUGCAGCAUACAGAUACUAGUACUGGCUGAAUGCGAACUCACAUAUGAAUCCUGUGAGACUCUGGCCUCAGCUCUGCAGACACCAAACUCCCCCCUGAGAGAACUGGACCUCAGCUACAAUGACCUGGGAGACAGAGGAGUGAAGCUUCUCUGUGUUGGACAAACCAGUCCACUCCGCAACAUACAGACACUAGUUCUAGGUCAGUGUGGUCUGACAGAGGGUUGCUGUUCAGAUCUGGCCUCAGUCCUGAGUUCACCCAACUCACAACUGAAACAGCUGCAGCUGAGAGACAAUGACCUGCAGGACUCAGGAGUUACACUGCUGUCUGCUGGACUGGAGGAUCCAGACUGUAAACUAUACACACUGGGGCUGUCUUGCUGUCUGGUCACGGAGGAGGGCUGUGCUGCUCUGUCUUCAGCUCUGAGGUCAAACCCCUCCCACCUGAAGGAGCUGGACCUGAGCUACAAUCACCCAGGAGACUCUGCAGGGGGCCUGCUUUCAGCUGCUCUGAUGGAUCCCACAUAUAAACUGAUGAAGCUGAAUGUGGAUCAUGGUGGAGAGUGCAGGUUGAAAUCAGGGCCGAGGAAAUAUGCCUGUCAUCUCACCCUGGACCCAGAUACAGCACACCGAAACCUGAUACUGUCUGAAGGGAACAGGAAGGUGACAUUGGUUGAAGAGAAGCAGCAUUAUGAAGACCAUCCAGAAAGAUUUGAUUGUCGUCCCGAAGUUCAAUACCCUUCAAUACCCUUUAAUUGUCGUUACCAAGUUCUCUGCAGAGAAGGCUUAUCUGGAGGUCAUUAUUACUGGGAGGUGGAGAUGAAUGGUGACAAGGCUGUCAUUGGUGUGGCGUCCAAAGGAAUGAAGAAGAAGGAAUGGUCCUGCUGGUUAUUCUGCUCUAAUGAUAUAUAUAUCUUUAGACAUAGUGGAUGCAGCACCAUCUGCAGAUCCAUCUCUGAUCCAGAUACUUUUCCUGUUUCUAAGAGAGUUGGAGUGUAUCUGGACUGGCCAGCUGGUACUUUGUCCUUCUAUAGUGUGUCCUCCUCUGGUACACUGACACACCUUGAAUCAGAACACGCCAGAUUCACUGAACCCCUCUAUCCUGUAUUUGGUAUUUACUCCUCCUCCUCAGUGACCCUGUGUCAGAUAGAUGACCAACACAUUCAGAGGUGAGUCAAAUAGCAAUGUUUCAUCAUUUGUUUUCCCCUGGAAUCAUUCCUACAG